AGAGAGAGAGAGAGAGAGAGAGAGAGAGAGAGAGAGCAGCAGCCUCUCUAGUUUUGGCUCCGGAGACGCGCAGGACGCAGCGACCUGUCCCGGCUCAUCCUCCAUGGUUCACCGGGACAAACCUUCCACCGCUGUCCGGAAAUCAGCGCACAGGAGCCGCACACACUCUGACAGCAGAAAGCCUCUCCUGAGCUCCAACUUUUGCAUUUAAAAAAAAAAAAGAAAAGAAGCAUCCUGUAAACUCCUCCUGGAGGAACUCAGCGGAGCGUCUCCGCGUCUCUCCCCGCUGCACCGCUGCCUCUGCUCGGCCACGAGACACCACGCUGCACCGCCGAUCUGACCUGGACUUAUUACAACCCGGACCUGUUUAUUUAUUCAUUCUGAUGAGGAAACUUUUUGCUCCCCGCCUGGUUUACAUCGUAAACUAACCCAAAGUGUGCGUGUGAGUGUGCGCUUAUUGCUGUUAUUUGGUGGUUUUGUUGGUGCGCUUGGCUGUGCGUAAAAUCCGCUAAAAACAUCCAUCCGACACGGAGCCAGCGGAGCAGAGCAGCAGGGUCAACCGGGCUGAACCGCCGGCGGGCAGCCAUGCUGAAGCCGGGCGACCCAAGCGGCUCGGCCUUCCUAAAGGUGGACCCGUCCUACCUGCAGCACUGGCAGCAGCUCUUCCCUCAGGCGCAGCUGAAGGCUCCUCUGGCCCCGCCGCCGCCGUCUCCAGCUGACCGCCUCUCCAUCCCCAUGGACGGCCUGCGCCCGUCACGCCUGCACAGCCACCUCCUGGCCUCCACACACUGCACCUCCUCUUCCUCUUCUACGUCCUCUUCUUCUUCAGCGGCUCUCACCCCGUCCUCCUCCAUCUCCAUCUCCACCUCGGCAGGGAUCUCCCAGCUUCCCCUCCAACAGCAGAUCGCACUCUUCGGGCAGGCGUUGGCCCCGGUGUGUGGACCAGGAGGAGGACCAGGAGGAGGACCAGGAGGAGACCUGAUGGUGGUGGUGCCCCCAGAGAACCAGCAGGGUCACAACCCAGCGGCGGGGCUUCUCCACCAGGCCAAAGAGCAGAGCUGUGGGGGGGUCGGCGUUGUGUCGUCCAGCGUGAAGAGCAGCGGAGGAGAGGAGGGAGGCAAAGGACCGGCGGCCAGGUUCAAGCUGACGUCCGAGGAGCUGGACUACUACCUGUACGGACAGCAGAGGAUGGAGAUCAUCCCGCUGAGCAACCACACGGGAGAGCUCAACAACCGUUGUGACAUGUGUGCAGACAACAGGAACGGCGAGUGUCCGAUGCACGGACCUCUUCACUCUCUGCGUCGGCUCGUCGGCACCAGCAGCACGGCGGCGCCCGUCACCCUGCCGGACGUCCCUGAUUGGCUCAGAGACCUGCCCAGAGAGGUGUGUCUGUGCACCAGUACGGUUCCUGGUCUGGGUUAUGGGAUCUGUGCGUCUCAGAGGAUCCCUCAGGGAACCUGGAUCGGCCCGUUUCAGGGAAUCCCUCUGCUGCUGGACAAACUGCACUGUGGAGCCGUCAGGAACAGCAGACACCUGUGGGAGAUCUACGAUGCAGAGGGAACGUUACAGCACUUUAUCGACGGUAAUGAUCCCAGUAAGUCCAGCUGGAUGAGGUACAUCCGCUGUGCCCGACACUGUGGGGAGCAGAACAUGAUGGUGGUACAGUACAGGUCCUGCAUCUUCUACAGAGCGUGUAUGGACAUCCCCCGAGGAACCGAGCUGCUGGUUUGGUACAACGACUCCUACACUUCCUUCUUCGGCAUCCCGCUGCAGUGCGUCGCUCAGGACGAAAACUUAAACGUCCCAACCACGGUGGUGGAAGCGAUGACCAGGCAGGAGUCCCUCCAAUCCUUCAGCAAGAACGGCAAACCCUCGUCCUCCUCUUCCUCCUCGUCUUCCUCCUCUUCCACCCCGUCCACCGCCCUCAUGCGCUCCAUGGUCUUCCCCCACUCCCCCUGCCCGAGGAACUUCUCCCUGUUGGACAAGGUCGGGGUCGGGGUUCAGUCCGACGUCAGUUUCGGCCAGAUGGGGUCGAAGAACCAGCGAGUUCUGGCGAGCCCGACCUCCACCAGCCAGCUGAGCAGCGACUUCAGCGACUGGCACCUGUGGAAGUGCGGCCAGUGCUUCAAGACCUUCACCCAGAGGAUCCUGCUGCAGAUGCACGUCUGUCCGCAGAAUCCAGACAAGCCGUACCAGUGUGGCCACUGCUCCCAGUCCUUCUCCCAGCCGUCAGACCUGAGGAACCACGUGGUGACGCACUCCAGCGACCGACCCUUCAAGUGCGGCUACUGCGGCCGCGCGUUCGCCGGCGCCACGACGCUCAACAACCACAUCCGCACGCACACCGGGGAGAAGCCGUUCAAGUGCGAGCGUUGCGACCGCAGCUUCACACAGGCCACUCAGCUCAGCCGCCACCAGCGACUCCCCAACGAGUGUAAACCCGUGAACGAGAGCAGCGAGUCCAUCGAGGUGGAUUAACCCCCCCGACCUUUUCCUGACUGACUGACUGACUGAGACGUCGUCCACGUUAACGCAGCUCAAUAUGAAAACGCACCUCUUUCUCUCCGUCCACGCCACGCCAGCGUUCACUCAGACCUCUAUUCUGAACAACAGGAAGACUUCACAGAGAAAUUUAACCGACAUAAAUAGUUUUCCAGAAAGCUCCAUGAUGAGUGAACGGGAAGAGAACGGCAUCGUUUUAAUGUAUUGAUUCAUCGGCCCACUAAAACAUGUUGAUAGUGAAACUGGGGGUCUUGAUCAAUACUUAAGAAUAUAGAGAAUGAGUUCACAACAUGUAGACACGAGUGGAGAUUAACUUCAUGAAGCAUGUCAGAGAAGGAAAAUCCAUCUGUAGGAACUAAUCGUGAUUAAUCACACAUUUUUUAUCUGUUCAAAAUGUUCCUUAAAGGGAGAUUUGUCAAGUAUUUAAUCCUCUUAUCAACAUGGGAGUGGACAAAUAUGCUGCUUUAUGCAAAAUGUAU